UCCUUGAGAUCAUUCGUAUUAUCCGCUGCGAUCAAUACCGCGCGUUUUGGAUGCUAAAUAUCCUGGAUUUAUUGCAGUUUGGCGACUGCAUAUAACAUUUUGUUUUAUGGCUCUUAUGGCGAAUUUAAAUUUGAUUCGUGUUUGCGAGGACAUUCUUAUAUUUUUCAAUAUCAUCUAGAAUAUAUUGUUGACAGAAAUGCAGGGAGUGCGGGAAUGCGUAAUUAUUGGAUCGCUGUUUGUGUUUAAUGGAGCGGCACUGCUGGGCGCCAGUCUGCAAGUUGCACGGAUAUUGCCGUAUCCCAUGAAUGUUCUUCACGAAUCCCAGCACUACAACAAGACCAUUGCCGGUCUGCAGAUGCUCACCGGUUGCAUGCACUGGCUGCGGGCCGUUCUCAAAGCGCUUCACUCUACCAACCGUCCGGUCGUUGCCCGGGAGUUCUACAGCACUUUAGCCAAUCUGUUCCUGACGCACAGCAUUCACGGCGCGACCGGUCUCAUCGUCGUGACCUUCGUAGCCUACACCUUCUUCGAGCACCCGGUAGAACCGCGCCUCGUGGCGGAGCUCAUUGUCAGUGUCAACAGGACCUGUGGAGCAGAAGCCGCUGGACACGCAGAUAAUCAAGCGGGCAAGCUGAUCAUGCUGUACACCCUCAUCGAUCUUUUUAAGGUCAUUAAUUACUGGCUGAUGGUGAUCAAUGCCGUGAUACUGGUACGGCUGAUUUGUACACACUGGUACGGUGCGCCGAAGGUGAGGAAAGUGCGGCCGGAAAUGGAGGAUAUUACGGAGACAACGACGCUGAUCAGUGUGGAGGAGGUGAAAAGCGAUACGGAUCCGGAGACUGGGCUGCCCAUGAAAAUGGAUCCGUACGGUGGAAAUUACGCAACAUUCCCGUCUCAUGCAUAAGGUGAAGACGGUGCGAUUUUAAAUCAUGCUUUAUGUUAGUGUUUGAACAAGCGUCAAUCAAAUCACUGGCCGUGCUUGCUUAUUUUUAUCACUACUUUUGUAUUUUUCGGUUUUUCAACAAAUAAAACCAGUUUUUUAAUGCUUUUUUGCUUUUACCACAUAAUAAUACUGUCGAAGUGUGAACAUACAAGGUAAUGCUGCUUCGUUUAGAAUUCUUUGUUCUUUGCUUUGUGCAAUGCUCUCUACAAUGCGAAAUUGUUUUAAGUAUUUUAAGUAUUAUUGUUUUAAGUUUAUAUAUUUGGGUAUUGCGUAUUACAU